UGUUUUAUACGAUAUUCUGUUUAUUAAUUAGCCUUCCUUUUGAACCUUUCAAUAUUGUGUCGCUAUUCCAUGACGAUGCUCGCUUUAUCCAAAUUCAACGUUUGAGUUUUCUAUGCAUUCGUUUGAUUUUUUCAACUUGGGCAUUCAACAAGGGUUUGAUUCAUAAUGCGCAUGGUGGGGUGUAUUAUGAGAUUUCUGUGAACCUAUCUAUUGGGGUUUCCUUACUUUCAGUCAUUUUAGAUCAAUUCCAUAUUGCAAAUAAUAGCACAGCAAUGACAUAUAGGUUGUUCUAACGGAUAUGAGAUUUGGAAUGUCAAGUUUAUGAGAUAGGAGAUUUGAAAUUUGAAGUUGGAGUUUCUGGAUUACGUUGUUUGAUAUCAUUUUGUUUAUUAGUUGGAAGCCUAAUUUGGGGUUGGUGGAGAAGGUUAUGGAACUAGCUCAGCAUAGAGUAAUGGAGAAUGGGGUAGCUGAGGAGAUGGACGGUGAGACUUCUGCACAGGUGCCUCUCAGGGAGCGCAAUGUCUACCCUUCCCAUCCUGCAGGCUUGGUGAAGAAGAGAGCUUAUAUAUUUGAUGGAAUGGGGAAUUUUUAUAAUAAGGAUUGGGAUCUAGCAGAGCUUUAUCAAAAAGGAAAAAAUGAAGGGGAUGUUGAGGAAGGCCGAGGGAAUGAGUUUUCUUGGUACCAUGUGGAACUCCCAAAAGGAAAUCAAAAGUUGUCACAAUCUGCUCAGGACCUGAUUGGUGUUCUUUGUCCACCUUUGAAACUCCAAGACAUUCUCUCGCUUGUUAGCAAUGGACCCUUUUGCGCGCAUGUAGACGGGGCACUUGUCUUUCGGGUUAAUUCACCUGGUCCUCCUUCCAGUGACUUCACAUUUAGAAUUGCUGCCAGAGUUAUGGAAAAUUCAGUAAUUACUGUGUCCUUGGGGCGUGUUCCCAGGUUAGGUUUCUCACGCAUGGGUGAAUCUCUACUUUCGGAGAUUCCUAGUGUUGAAAGUUCCCCUCAUUUUAAAGGUCAGCAGCAGGAAAGAAGUGGGACUGUGAUCAAGGAGCAUGUUCUUGAAUUCUUAUUGACUAUGAAUCACUCUGAGGAAGCUGACAAUCCUGUACCUAGAUCUGUCUCAAAUCUUGUAGUUCACAUAAUUGACACACAUGUAGAUCAGCUCCAAGAUCUUGUUACGAAGCUUGAGAUGGAGUUGGACUCUGUGGAGCUUGACUUGGAUAAAGGCGGUUAUGCUCUGAAGAAACAAAUGCUAGAUGACAGAAGAUUCCCCAAACUGCAUAUUAAUUUGCAGCGUCUCCUGCAGGUGAUUGCCCAUGGAGAGCAAGUAUAUCUCAGAGUCAAAGAAAAAUGCUCUUCAAAAAAAUGGUUUGCCAAUGAAGACAUUAACUCCCUUGAAGAACUAAUUGGAAGGUUAAGGAGGCUGAAGGAGAAUGUAGGGUUUAUAGUAAAUCGUGUCACAGCAAUUCAGGCUGGUCUUGACAGCUGGCAGUCCGAGCAAAUAAACAGGAAGCUGUACUAUCUUUCGUUCCUUUCAAUAAUAUUUCUCCCUUUAUCUAUCAUAACAGGAGUGUUUGGCAUGAAUGUUGGAGGAGUUCCAUGGACAGGUCAAACUUCCCCAGAACUAAAGAAUGGUUUUCGUAAUGUCUUGUUACUAUGCGUCGUUAUGCUACUUCUUGUGCUUCUCUGCUUCAUUUUUCCGGCGCUUUAUACCCGAAUAGCCACAGCUUGGCGAAAUAAGAGAUCUCUGGGAAGAAACUGGUCAUUGAACAGGAAGUCAUUGCUCAGGAGACCUUUAAGAAUAGAUCAGGAGAGAGGGGGCUACCUUCGGAUUUAAUGCUGGUUUUCAAUGACUCGCACGAAAGAAACAUAAUAAACUGACAAUUGGUCAUCAGUAAAAUAAUCACCUGAAGCCCGAAUGGAAUCCUGGAGACUGUGAUCAAGACAAGCUUAUUGCUUAUUCUUUAAUUGUUUUUACUUUUUCCCUUGGGGAUGGGAUAUGUGGGGUUCAUCACUUUCUUUUUUGGCAAUUAUCAGGACAUUUUUUUUUUUUACUUGUACAGGUUACCCUUUUUUGGUUAG